UAUUCCAACACAGCUGAGUGGAAGCCAAUGGUUUGGGGCGAGUUUGAGCCGACUGACACACAAGCAGCGCAAGGAACGAAGCGCGCCAGAGAUGCAGCAAGCGAGUGGGAGGCGAUUCUGGAAGGACGGAAGACGAAGGUGCAAACGAAUAUCAGCCUGAGCUCUGGACCACCGAAGGUGUUGCGCGCGGCUGCAAUCUUGGGAUUACCUCGCCUUCAAGAAGCUGCAGAGAAGCGCCUCAUCGGUGAACGCCCGCUCCUUUGCAAAGCCUCGGCUAUGCCGUUGUUGGCGAGCAGCUUUGGACGCGAGAGGCGGAUCUCACAACGCUGCAUGCAGCUGCUUACGAGCAAUGGUUUCCUAGAUGGGCGUGAGCGUCAACUGGGUGUCAUUUAUGCUACCCAUCCUGUGGUGGGCUGCUUGUUGUCGGGUGUCUUCAAAGCUGUCAAGCCUGAGCCGGCUGCAUCAACUUUCAUUCCGUCUCCAGUGAUGCUGGACUUGCUGCUGGGCCCGAAGCGUCCAACGCCAGGGCUUAGCGCCGAUGUCUCGGCGAGCGGCUCUGGAGCGAAAAGGUGUCGGGGCGGAGCCCGGGGGCUCCUUCUAUUGCCGAGGCGACCCAGAGGCAAUCGAUGAAAGCUUGCCAGUGAGUGAGCUGAAAGACACCCGCCUUGUCUUCUUCCCGGAAGCAGAUUUGCUGCCCUGGCAGCUUUGUGCAGCACAUCGCAGCUGCGAACGCUUGGUGCAGCAGUUGGGGCACGGUUGGGCAGAUGCGGCGAGGCAUCCCUUCUACAAGACCCGGCUUUGCAACAACUGGGCACAGCAGGGAAGCUGCGUGCGAGGGGCCCGCUGUGUCUAUGCUCAUGGCCAAGCGGAGCUAAGAGCGCAAGUGUCUGCGGCGGUGUUCAAGCACUUGCGCGCACCUGGAAGAUUCUGGCCGAAGUCGAGUGCUCCUCCCCCUGGCACGCCGCCUCCGCCUGCAAAGCCAGAGGUGGUGUUCACUGUGGAUAAGGAGGAGGAAAGGCGCCGCGCCGAACGCGCCAAGCGCUUUGCGCCACGAGCAGCCUCGUUUGAGGCCAAAGAUGCUGUGGCUGAAGAUGCGCCUGAAGCUGCGACCGAUGGCGCCGAGGAGGAGGCCGCCGGCGUCUUCGACGAGGAGCAGAUUGCAGACUACCUCUUGGAGAUGCAACAGCAAUUUCUCAGUACCAUGCCCAUGGACGGUGGUGCCGACGGCGGCUUUGACUUCAGUGAUGCAGCUUAUGGCUCGCAAAGCGGUACCGAGCCGCCUCAUCCAAUACCUGGAUAAACAAGCACCUGAGCGCUUGCUUGAAGUUGAAAGUCGAGCAAGGCGGAACUUGCUUGAAAUGCAAGAGAGAGAUGCUUGAAAUGAUUGCCAAGUACUUGCCGCCCAGCUUUGGCUGUGCAAUUAAAGGAACACACGGAGU